GCUCCGCCCAUCCCGCCCUGGGAACGCGUGCGGACAGCUACACGCCAGCCCCUUCCUUUGCUACGUCAGGUCCAGUCGGUCUUCCUGCGGCCGGGGCCCUGGCUGAGCUAGCCGGCCAUGGAGGGUUGUGGCCCCGCUGCCGCCCACUACCAGCCGGCCAGCCCCCCACGGGACGCCUGUGUCUACAGCAGCUGCUACUGUGAAGAAAAUAUUUGGAAGCUCUGUGAAUACAUCAAAAACCAUGACCAGUAUCCUUUAGAAGAAUGUUAUGCUGUCUUCAUAUCUAAUGAGAGGAAGAUGAUACCUAUCUGGAAGCAACAGGCGAGACCUGGAGAUGGACCUGUGAUCUGGGAUUACCAUGUCAUUUUGCUUCAUGUUUCAAGUGGAGGACAGAGCUUCAUUUAUGACCUCGAUACUGUCUUGCCGUUUCCCUGCCCCUUUGACACUUAUGUAGAAGAUGCCUUUAAGUCUGAUGAAGACAUUCAUCCACAGUUUAGGAGGAAAUUUAGAGUGAUCCGUGCAGAUUCAUAUUUGAAGAACUUUGCUUCUGACCGAUCUCACAUGAAAGACUCCAGUGGGAAUUGGAGAGAGCCUCCUCCACCAUAUCCCUGCAUUGAGACUGGAGAUUCCAAAAUGAACCUGAAUGAUUUCAUCAGUAUGGAUCCCGAGGUAGGAUGGGGCACUGUCUACACACUUUCUGAAUUUACACAUUGGUUUGGCAGUAAAAACUGCUGAAGUUGGCCUCAAGAUGUGGAACUGUGGAGAAGUUCUAGGACAUGAACAUGCUAUUCCUCCAUUGAGGACAGCAAACACUAGGGUAGCGUUGGCUUGGAAUUAUGUCUUUCUUUUUUAAUUCGAUUGAGUGGAAACCUGAGUGAAUACAAAUAUAAAUGAACAACAUAAAAACUUUUGUUUUGACAUGUUAAAUUGAAACUUGUUAUAGUGUGUACUUGCUAAGAUAUUCCUGUGGCUUAUUUGUUAAAACAUGCGGACUUAAGUCAGUGAUCAUUUUUGUUCAGAUAGAGGUGUGGAGGUUGAGCCAGCCCCUCAUAUCUGUCUGGAUGUUUUGUGUCUCUCCAACUACAAUGUAAGCUCCUUGAGGGCAGACCCAUGGUCCAUUGCUCUGUGAAUCUCAAAUGCCCAUAAAAGGUGCCCAUAAAAUGUUUUCUUUUUUUUUUUUUAGGGAGACUCACAGACUAAAAAUGUUUUUUUGAACAUCUGAAUGUGCUGUUUGGAAAGGGGUGAUAUUGUGAGCUGAAUCAGCAAUAAGUAUUAGUCUUUUUGGACUAUGGUAUUGUUAAAAAGAGGGCAGCCCUCUCAGACUUGAGUGUUAUUUGGCUUAUUUAUUUAUGGCUUUAAAUAAAAUUGAUUUA